AUUCAAUUUUGAUUGUUCGUCCCGCGGGGCGUCUCUAUAUAAGAAAAAGUUCUCCCUUUUCUCUUUGGCCCUUUCUUUAUUUUUUCUCCAAAGUAUAGCUUGAAUAUGACUUUUCCAUCCGAUCUCACUCUUUUUGACGACUCCUUGCUGGACCCUCAAGUACAGGCAGCCUUACCUGAUGGUUAUACGUUGAGAGCUUUACGUUCAAAGGAUUAUGAAAGAGGCUUUCUUGACGUAUUAAAGGUUUUGACAGAAGUGGGACAUCAAACAGAGCAGGAAUUUUUAGACCGUUUUAUGUACAUGUACAAGCAUAAUGAUCAAUACCAUACGAUCACCAUCUCUGACAAGAACGAUAAAAUCGUUGCUGUCGGCACCAUUCUCGUCGAGAGAAAGUUUGUUCACCAUAAUGGCUUGGUAGGUCAUAUUGAAGAUAUAGCCGUGGAUCAACAUCAACAAGGCAAGAAAUUAGGACUAAGAAUCAUCCAAGCUCUUAAAUACAUUGGUGCUCGACGUGGAUGCUACAAAGUCAUCUUGGAUUGUUCAGAAAAGAAUGUACCGUUUUACCAAAAGUGUGGAUUUCAACAAAAGGAGGUUGAAAUGGCAUGGUAUGUGCCUCAAGAAAAGGCACGCUUAUAAUCUCUGCUGUAGUGUUAUCCAUCCUCAUACUGUUGUAGUCAUGUAGAAUAAAUAAACAUACCCCGCUAUACUAUUGUGAAACGUAAUGACAUCGACGUUUCUGCAUAAACUCAUAUCUACACUCUUCAUUGAUAGACCAUGAUCUUUUGAGAGACAUAGCGGACCCGGUUUCUUUAGAACGCGGGUCACGCAUUUCUUAAAAUCCAU